UCGACGCCAUUUUUGUUUUUUGACGGCGAAAAAGAAACAAGCAACGAAAUUCAACGGGCAACCAUAGUGAAACGCAUCAUCGAGAUUGCGUUAAUUUUUCCUUGUUUUUACUCACAAAUUAACCUUGCAAUUUUAACUAAAAAUAUAGCCUGGUGAAUUCCAAUUAGUCUACUGGGCUUGUGUGUGCUUUAGCACAUCAAUUGUGCAUAAAAUAAAUAUCUCGUCGUGGAGCAUUACGUGUGUAUUGCAAUUUUCGGUGGAGUAAAAAAAUAACUACGAAACGGCGGCAAAAUAAGUUUCCAAUUUAGAAUCGAUAACAUCGUUGAAAUGUCGAAAGCCAAGAAAUUAUCAUUGCCAAGCAAUGAUUCAACAGAAUUUUACAAUUACAAGCCUAAGGAUUUAAUUUGGGCAAAAAUGAAAGGGUUUACACCUUGGCCUGCAAUGAUUGUUGAACCGUCAAUUGAUCUAUUGAAUCAGCCACGAAAAGCUAAUACGAAAAGCGUGUUUUUCUUCGGAACUCGAAACUUCGCCUGGAUAGAAACCAAUAAUAUAAAACCAUUCGAAGGUCCGUGGAAAGCUGAAUUAGCAAAGGUCAAUAAACCAAAUUCGUUCCGACACGCGAUGUCUGACAUCAAUGCUUACAUAGAGGAUCCCACAGAAGUCGAUGCAGAGGUCAGCAAAAACACGAUCAGUAAUCAUACCACGGAAGCAGACUUUGAUAAGAUACGCGAUGGUCUCACCGAUGAUGAUACAACUAAUGACAUACGUGGCGUGGAUGAUGCCGACAACGGUGUAGAGACUAUAACCGGUGAUGUUGCCGUCGAUUUAGAUGAAGUUCCACCCCCAUAUAAGACACCUGUAAAGCGCACGCCAAGCAAAUCAAGUGCUGUGGUUGCGGUGAAAGCAAAAUCAUCUGCUAGUGGAACAGCCACUAAGUCAUCUACAAAACGCCGACGUUCCUCACAGACGGCAAAUACUAGCGCCAAGCGUAAACGCAAUUCUUCUGUUGGCGCUUUAGAGGAUCUAAACGAUUACAUAAAUCGGAAGUCCACAACAACACCACCGUCACGUCGCAAAAUAAAUACCGAUGUUUUGGCCCAUAUUGGCAGCACAUCACGGCGCAAUGUCAACUCGAUUGCUUUACUGGAUCGGCCGGUGGUGUCACGCCCCGAAGCGCAAGCAAUUGAUAUGAACGCACGUUCUCAAACAUUAGCCGAACGAGACAUAACACCAUCCCAGUUGACAUUCGGCUUCCUUGUGGGUAUUAUGGGUUCAACUAUAGUUAAGGAUCUGCUGUGCACCGGUCAUAAAGUGGUCGUAUGGAAUCGCACAAUGUCAAAAUGUACUCCGUUCGCCGACGCGGGCGCCGAUGUUAAAGGUACACCCAUGGAUGUAGUUGAAGUUUCAGACGUGAUAUUCUGUUGCGUCUCGGAUCCAAAGGCAUCAAAAGAUCUUGUAUUUGGUAAUUGUGGUGUAUUGGGUGUGAAGGAUAUGAAUGGAAAGGCAUAUGUCGAGAUGUCCACAAUAGAUCCUGAAACUUCACAGGACAUAGCUGAAGGCAUACAAUCUGCAGGCGGACGCUAUUUAGAAGUACAGAUUCACGGUACACGACAGGAAGCCGAAGACGGCAUGCUUAUCAUUCUUGCCGGUGGUGACCGUUCAGUUUUUGAAGAUUGCCAUUCGUGUUUCAAAACAAUUGCUAAAAAUACAUUCUUCUUGGGCGCAGAAGUUGGGAAUGCUUGCAAGGUAAAUUUAAUACUGCAAACGAUAGUGGGAGUUAGUUUGGUUGGACUUGCAGAAGCCUUAGCAUUGGCCGAUCGGUUCUCCAUUUCCCUGAAGGACAUUAUUGACAUAUUUGAAUUGACAUCGAUGAAAUCCCAGUUAUUGUUAGCCAAAGGCAAAGAAAUGGCAAAGGGUGAUUUCAACCCACAACAGCCAUUGAGUCAUAUGCAAAAGGAUCUGCGCCUUGUACUCAGCAUGGCGGAGAAUUUGGACCAAUCAAUGCCUGUAACCGCAAUAACAAAUGAGGUCUUCAAGCACACAAAAAGGCUUGGCUACAGUGAACACGAUUCGAGUGCCGUAUUUGUAAGAUCCAGAUUUUAACAUUUAGUUAAUACAGCAACUUUUUAAAACUUUUAUCAUCUAAUAUAUGCGAUGAGGUUUUGCAUCUACAAACAACAUAACUAAACAAAACACUAGACAGAUGACCUACGUAAUGCUUAACGCGAAAAAUGAGCCACUUUUUUCCAAACCUUAGUAAAUGAUAAAUUCACUAUGCGCAACUAAGUUGCAAAUCAGCAAGCCAGUACGCUUGAAAAUUUUAGACGUUUUCCGCUUCUCUAAUUUAAAAUAUUCGGGCUAAUACACUGUAUUUAUGCAUUCCGCGCAAGCCCAAAUAAAUAUCUAGGACCAACAACCGCGACCAGGACUAAGCAAUAUUUUUAAUAUCAGACAGAAUAACGUAUAUAAUUUAUGCAGCACAUAUGCAGGACAAAGUAGUUAUGCUUAAACUUGUAUAAAAAGCGGCAAAAAAUAUUGAUAUCACCCCCAAAACCGGCAUACGAUAGGACCAGUCGACCAAUAUGAAAGUAGCAACAUGAAUACUGACUGAUAGAAGUGAAAGCGUCGAAUGUGCAUUGAAAACUUUGAAAAAAUUACACAACUGAGUAAAAAAUAUAUAGAAGUAUAUACAUAUAUAUAUAUAUUAAACGAUAAGGCUUAACAAUCUUAAGGAAGAAAAAAUUAACACGACAUAUAAAUGUGUAAUUGAGUGCACAUUAAUGUGGAAAAUGUAGUAAAGAAGUGUAAA